UUUAAAGGCGGGAGCACAACGACUACGGAGACCAGAGGAACCAUUCUGAGAGAGAAGAAAGACGAAAAGGUUCGCUUCAAUGGCUUCUUCUUCUUCUUCUUCUUCUUCUUCUUCGUCGACGUCGUUAUCAUCGUCGCCGUUCGAUUUCUCUGCUUUACCGGUCAUGUCGCUCAAGGAGAGAAUCGUUGAGAAAAUCCGCAAGAAUCGCAUCACGCUUAUCGUCGGCGAAACUGGCUGUGGUAAGAGCUCUCAAAUUCCUCAGUUUCUUCUGGACGAAGACAUGGGGCCUAUUCUUUGUACGCAGCCUAGGCGUUUUGCUGUAGUUGCCAUUGCGAAUAUGGUUGCUAGAGCUCGUAACUGUAACGUGGGAGAAGAGGUUGGAUAUCAUAUAGGUCACUCGAAGCAUUCAUCGGAAAGAUCGAAGAUUGUUUUCAAAACGGCUGGGGUUUUGUUGGAAGAAAUGCGAGACAGGGGGUUAAAGGCACUCGAUUACAAGGUGAUUGUACUUGAUGAAGUGCACGAAAGAUCUGUGGAGUCUGAUCUUGUUCUUGUGUGCGUGAAGCAGUUUCUGUUGAAGAACCAUGAUCUCAGGGUGGUAUUGAUGUCAGCAACCGCUGAUAUUGGAAGGUAUAGAGAUUAUUUCAAGGAACUUGGUAGAGGUGAACGUGUUGAAGUGCUUGCAAUCCCUAGCUCAAGCCAGAAAACUUUCUUUGAAUGUAAGGUUUCAUAUCUUGAAGAGGUAAAUGAAUUACUUGGGAUUGAGUCAGAUUUACAAUCUUCUAAUGGUUUCAGCUCUUCCACAUCUUCUGUGGAAAUUAAGCCUGAAGUGCACAAACUGAUUCACAAUCUGUUGUUGCAUAUUCAUAAGAAUGAGUCUGACAUUGAAAAGAGUAUCUUGAUUUUUCUUCCCACGUAUUAUUCACUGGAGCAACAGUGGCAUCUUCUGAAGUCACUUAGUUCUUUUAAGGUUUAUAUUUUACAUAGCAGUAUUGACAUUGAGCAAGCCUUGACAGCAAUGAGGAUUUGGAAAUCACAUCGUAAGGUGAUAUUAGCAACAAAUAUUGCUGAGUCAUCCGUCACAAUACCAAAAGUAGCAUAUGUAAUCGAUACAUGCAGGUCUUUACAAGUGUUUUGGGAUAAUAAUCAGAAAAAGGACUCCGCACAGGUUGUCUGGAUUUCUAAAUCUCAGGCUGAGCAGCGUAGAGGAAGGACUGGUCGAACCUGUGAUGGCCAAGUUUAUCGAUUGGUACCAAGAUCAUUUUACCACAAAUUUGAAGAUUUUGAACGACCAGCUAUACUGAGGUUAUCAUUGAGGCAGCAAGUGCUUCUAAUUUGCUCAACAGAAUCCAAAGCAAUUAACGAUCCAACUGUUUUGCUGCAGAAAGCUCUCGAUCCACCUGAUGGCAAUGUUGUUGAAGAUGCAUUGAAUCUUCUUGUUCGCAUGAAAGCACUUAAAAAAACUCCAAGAGGCCGAUAUGAACCUACAUAUUAUGGAAGUCUACUAGCCAGUUUCUCACUGUCUUUUGAUUCUUCUGUGCUGAUACUGAAGUUUGGAGACAUUGGAAUGCUCCAUGAAGGAAUUUUGCUUGGCAUAUUAAUGGAUACACAGCCUUUACCAGUACUUCGUCCGUUCGGAGAGAAUAAUUUGGUAUUUCUUGAUUGUUAUUUACUUGGAUUCCCCUAUUUAACACUUGCCUGCAUUUUAAUCAACUUUGAAAGCUAUCUGAUACAGUAUGCAGAGUACAUAAAAAGCUACUUCGAUGGAGAGAGCAUUGAUACAAUUCCACUUGGAUUUAAAGAAAUGGCAUUGAUAGGAAACUUGCAUGCGUUCCAGUUCUGGGAAAGAGUUUAUAAGGAUAAAAUUCGUGUUGAAUAUUUGAACAAACUCGUGAAGUCUGAUAAAAUACAAGCUACGACAUCAACACCUUCCAAGGAUGAAGAAGAAUGGUGUUCUUUUCACAGUCUUGUGCAUUCAUCUCUAAAUCACGUCUCUGAAAUGUAUGAAGAUAUCAUACAUACAUUGCACCAGUUUCGACCCAGAUUUUUGGGUAUGUGCGACAUUCUAAGAUCAUCCAACACUCCUCAGUUUCAACAUUCAUGCAUUCUCAAAUGUCACGAAAAUGGAGUUGACCAAUCAAGUGAAUCAAGAACCUGUGCAUCUCUACCAUAUGUUGCUUCCAGCUAUCCCCGAACUAAUCAUGUAGCUGGGAAGUUGGCAGAUGUUAUCAAACAGAUGAAAGUUAUUUAUGGAAAAGAACCAAACAAUCAGUCCUUAAGUUCUUUGAACAACGGUUUUGAUGUCCAUGAUGGGACCGCUCUUUGUGUUUACUUUGUCAAUGGAUCCUGCAAUCGAGGCGAUCAGUGCUUGUUUUCACAUUCACUGCAAUCAAGGAGAGCCACUUGCAAAUUUUUCUUCUCUCUCCAGGGUUGUCGAAAUGGAGUUUCUUGUUUCUUUUCUCACGAUCAGAGUCCAUCAAAUUCUCCUUCAUUUAAAUCAACUCUAUGCCUGCCAGAAGACGAAAAGGCUCAUGCUUUGACUCUUGAAAAAUAUUUUCCUAAAUCAGGUGGCAGCAUUCUUGUCAUGGAUGAUGCCGGGUUUCAUUUCUCAUCAAACUUGGCUCGUCACUGCGAUCCAUCCAAAAUAAUUUGUACAACCAACCUUUCACGUUCAGACGUCUACGAUGCAGCACUAAAGGACGCAAGAAAAUUUUGGGAACUUUCCCACCCCGAUGAAACCAUCAUUUCCAGUGGGAAAAAUCAAAUUCCCUGGUUUGAUGUUAAAUGUAUAUUGUGGUUUCCGCGUUUUGCGAGUUUGAAGGAAAAUCUGGUCAUAGAGAAGCUUCUGCUACAUAAUUUCUUUGAUCUUCUGGCUGUCCGGAUGUUGGCCACUGCACUUCACGGGGUUCGAGUCAUUCUCACCAUGAAUAAUAUCAGAUUUUCACAACUUCAGGUUGAGAAGUUGGGGAGAGAUAGCUUUUUCACUCUAACAGAGUCAUUUCCAUACGACGAAAAAAGCUUCGGUGAGUUGCCAGACAAAGUAACAACUAAAAAGGCGAUGUUGACGUCUCGGUCUAUCUCCUAUGUUUUCGUCUUGCAACCACCCAGUGCCGUCCAGUUUGGUAAUUACCGUAUGACACUCCAUCGAUGCCUACAGGACAUCGAGAGAAGUAACAAGGAGAUCUCACUGGUUCGUCCUUAGACUCAUUGGUUUAUAUCAUGUGUGCAUUCAUUCUACGUACGUAAAGAAGCCUCCUAACUUAUAAAAGACCAGGUGAAGCAAGGACUUAGGACGCUUAUGAUCACUAUGGUAAUGUGAAUAGUUUUAGUUUUAGGAAUUGGGAUUGGAGAAAGCAUAAAAGAUGUUAUAUUAGUAAAGUGAGUUAACU